UCAGUUAAAGCCUGGCGAGUGGGAAGUUAAGUCUGGUUUAGGUCAGUCUUGAAAGACUCUUUAUAGACCUGGGUCUGAUUCAUCUCUCUCGCUAGCCACUACAAGUAGGAACCGCAUAUUUUUUUCAAGUGUUACGGCACAUUUUGGAUGUCUUCUAGAAUCUGAAAGGUUUGGACAAUGGAACAACUGGAGAUGCAGGAAUCCAAGGGCGUCGGAGGAGGAUCGACCCCGCCCGUGGACCCCACCGCGGGCGUCACCUACACCUGGAGGAAACUGAACGUUUACGCCCCCGGGAAAGGGUUCUUCAAAAAGUCGCCCCCUUUUCACAUUCUGAAAGACGUUUCUGGUCUCUGCGACGGAGGGCAACUUUUGGCAAUCAUGGGCGCAUCUGGUGCAGGAAAAACGACCUUACUUAAUGUACUGACAUUCAGGUCCCGGAAACUGAAAAUCGAGGGUGACAUUUACAUCAACGGAAGACCGGUCGAUCUGCGAACGAUAGCCGGAGUGUCGGCCUACGUGCAGCAAGAGGAUUUGUUCACGGGCGUGUUCACAGUCAAGGAACAGCUUAUGUUUAACGCACAACUACGAAUUGGCAAAGAAGUUUCGGAGAAAGAGAGAAGAAAAAGAGUUCAUGAAGUCAUGAAGGAGCUUGGCCUCAACAAAUGCGCAGAUACGAGAAUCGGAAUACCAGGGCGUUUCAAGGGCAUUUCUGGAGGAGAGAAGAAAAGACUGGCCUUCGCUUGUGAGAUGAUAACGAACCCACUGCUUCUCCUGUGCGACGAGCCGACCUCCGGCCUGGACUCCUUCAUGGCAGCCAGCGUCGUCAACGCAAUGAAGAGGAUGACUUCCAUGGGAAAGACAGUCAUCGCCACCAUCCACCAGCCCAGCUCGGAAGUCUUCGCCCUCUUCGACCGUCUGCUCAUCCUGGCGGAGGGGCGGGUGGCCUUCCUAGGGACGGUGGACCUCGCUCAUAAGUUCUUUUCGAGACUGGAGAGGCCUUGUCCCAAAAAUCACAACCCUGGUGACCACUUCAUCUACACGCUCGCCAUCAAGGCCAGCAAAGAAGAAGAAUGCCGCCAAUUCGUCCACCACGCUUGCGACUCGUACAGAGACAACGAAGGACUGGUCAACGAUCAGCUGGUCGAGUCAGCCAUGAAACCACCAGCGAAAGACGACGCCUUGGCCAGCAUAAAGCUCCCUAAGAGCCCCUACAGAGCAUCGUGGCUAAACCAGUUCACAGCAAUGACGCGCAGAAACUGGCUGGAACAGCUGCGAGAUCCGGUUGUGUCCGUUGUGAGAAUAGCACAGAAUAUGAUGUUUGGCAUCAUAUUCGGCUUGAUCUACCUAGGUGCAGGGGAAUGGGAGGAAAACCUAACGGGCACCCAAGUACUGCAGAACACACAGAACAUCGAGGGCGUCCUCUUUGUCUUCAUCACGAACUUGACGUUUUCCUUUUUGUUUCCGGUUGUUGUGACAUUUUCAGGCGUGAUGCCACUGUUCUUGCGAGAGCACUGGAACGGCCUCUACAGAACAGACGUUUACUUCCUGACCAGAAAUCUGGUAGAGUUGCCUGUCUUCAUCGUGGGUCCAUGUUGCUUUACAGCUAUCGCCUAUUACAUGGUCGGCUUGAGAGUAGAAGCCCAGUACUUCUUCAUUACAAUGGCCAUUCUGACAUUGAACGCUAGUGUGUCCGUGUCCUACGGAUACAUGAUAUCAUGUUUGGCCAAGAACUACCAGACUGCCUUAGUUCUGGCGACGCCGCUGACCUUCCCAAUCAUGAUCUUCGGUGGCUUCUAUGUGAGAGACGGGACAAGUCCCGUCUGGCUAGACUGGAUAAAAUAUCUGUCUUGGAUAAACUACAGCAACGAAAUCCUAACGAUUAACCAAUGGGAUGGCUUUAAUUACACCAUUCACAAUGACACCAUCCCAGUGGGAGAGGAAGUCAUAAAACAAUUUGGUUUUGAGACAGACGAUUUCUAUACUGAUAUCGGUGCUCUGGUGGCCCUGUUAGUAGGCUAUAGAUUCCUCGCCUUCCUUUUCUUGCUCUUCAAAACUAGACGUUAAUCCUUCCCCCUCUGACUUGUCUUCGUUCACCGACUGAACGGAGAUAUGAAUUCUAAGGCUGCCAGCAAGUCGGGUGACAGAUAAGCUCCGGUUCUCUUCAAGGUGGAAAGUCGUCGAUGUAAACAUAAGCUACCAUAGGCAUUUCGUUACUUUGAAAUUGAAGAACCCGAGUCUGUUAUGUGAGGCAAUGGCAGCAAAUUCAGAUAUCUUAAAUUUUGUAUUUAUAUCCAUGAUAUUCUUCGUACUCUUUUAUCAUUUUUUUUAACGUUUGCGUGCUGGAAACCACGGCAGACGCGGUUCGACAAUCACUUUCAUCCCAUUUUCUGUACUAGGCCGAGUCAUCCUGACAAUGUGAUGCACGUGAAUCGGUAACUUAAGUGUCCGUAACCGUAUAAACUACACCAUAGUUCCUUGGCUAUUAAUAUACAGAUCAAUCCUUACAGCAAAUAUAUAAAGGAAAUCUUCGCUGCUUCAAUCUUACAGCUUGGAACAUUUAUAAUAAAUCUGAUAAGUAAAUGAAAAUUCUAACAGGUUCUUUGUCAUAGCCAUACGCAGAGCUUGAAGCUCAUCUUUUAUCACUUAAUAAUUUCUCAUACCAUAAUUGACACAGUUAUAAAUAACAGCCAAUUUGUAAAAAUAUACAUGUCAUCAUUAAAAUUUCAAGAAUAACCUU